AUUCGUUUCGCCAAAAGUCAAGGAUUAUAUGCGAACUGGCUUUUUCUCAUAAUUCCAAUUCGUCAAACUCCAAACUCUCCCCCGCUAUGGAGCCGGGAUAUAUGAUAUAUCUCAUCAUUGUCAUAUCAUAACGUGGCCGUCGCUUCUCAAGUCUCUGGCCCUUUUAACUUCUUCGUCUCUCUUGCAAAAAUUGCGCGAUAUUCCUUUUCUUGAGAUAAACCGCCACUAAAGCGCUUUGACUUCUGUUUCGUAUAAUGUCAACGCCACCUGCAACUACGACGAGCCCCAAGAGCUCCAAGAGCCCUACCAAAAGCCCUGCCAAAAGUCCCUCAAAAAGUCCCUCUCGAACUCCCGAGCCGAAUGUUGGAAAUAAUGGCGUUCUUUCAGCCGCACACUGGCAGCAACUCGCUGAGGAAGAGGACUUGAACGAAGACGAUGGAAACUCACUCAGCGACGGAAGCCUCUCGGCCUCUACAGACUCAAUGACUUCAAGUAUCUUUGAGUAUCGCAAGCUUCAUGGACGUACAUACCAUCGCGAAAUUGGAAAUGCUCAGUAUUGGGCUUCGAACGAUGAGCGACAGAGUGAAACACUGGAUAUGAACCAUCAUUGUCUAACUCUAGGUCUUGGCGGAAAACUUUAUCUUGCUCCGAUUGAUAAGGACAAGAUUACAAAAGCAAUCGACAUUGGAACUGGCACUGGAAUCUGGGCUUUGGACUUUGCAGAUGAACACCCCAAUGUGGAGGUUAUUGGCACCGAUAUAUCGCCAAUUCAACCCGCUUGGGUUUCUCCCAAUCUCAAAUUUGAAAUCGAAGAUUGUACUCAAGAAUGGACAUUUGCUCCCAACUCAGCAGAUUACGUCCAUCUCCGCUGGUUGGCCGGAAGUAUCCAUGAUUGGUACCAGUUCUUCAGAGAGGCCUACAAGACCUGCAAGCCAGGUGGUUGGGUCGAAAGCUUUGAACCAUCAGCUAUUAUCACCAGCGAUGACGAUACCGUAAAGGAGACUUCUGCUUUAGGCCAGUGGGGCAAGCUAUUCAUUGAAGGUGCCAAGAAAUUCGGCAUGAGCUUUAGUGUAUACGAAGAAGAGCUACAGAGGAAAGCCAUGGAGGCAGCAGGAUUUAUUGACAUUCAGCAAUACGAGUACAAGGCUCCUCUCGGUGACUGGCCCAAGGACCCGGAGUUGAAGGAACUGGGAGAGUUUGGUCGUCAUGUUUUCCUCUCGGAUACUGAAGGCCUUGUGCUUUUUGUGGCUAAUACCAUGGGCUGGUCGGAGGCAGAGAUUCAUGUUUACAUUGCGCAUGCUCGAAGGGAGAUUAACUCGGGCAAGCAUCAUGCUUACUUUAAGCAACGGGUUGUCUGGGGACGGAAGCCAGAGGAAUGAGUCUAUGUGGAAGGGUCAGAAAUCAAUCGAUCUGAUGCAACG